CCUGUUUGAGCUGGGUCUGCAGGGAAAGGUGACCACAGAGCAGCUGGCCAAGAAAUGGGACAACCUAAAGAGGAGAUACAAGGAACUAAAGUUCCCCUCUCGAGGCGUGGACACCAACCCAAACUCUUGGCCCUGGUUCUACCGCAUGAACGACGCCAUGGAGGGACACUUCUCCGGCGCCGCGCCUAUCCUCACUCCCAUAGUGGAGGACGAAGACGAGGACUGUGAGCCGCUCUCCUCGACGCCGAAGAAACGAGCCCGCCGGAGCCGAGGGGGGAUGACGGAGUUCCUGACGGAGUCUGAGAUGGACCUGCUGGUCGAUAACGAGGACAAGAACGGAUCCACAGCUCUGGGAGAUUUUCACCGACUCACAGAGUUCUCUUAUAAACUGACGGAUGAGGACACACGGCGGCUGAUUGAACUCCGAGCCUCCAACGAGUCUCUGUUUACGGGGAGGAGGAACACCGCCAAGCCCGCCUGGAGGGGAAUCGUGAAGGAGAUGGGUCUGACGGGGAAGAUAACGCCUGACCAGGUCGCUAAGAAGUGGGACAACCUAAAGACCAAAUUCAAGGACUUGAAGUUUCCUCCUCGGGGGAUGGAGGCGCAGACCAACCCGGCCUCCUGGCCCUGGUUCCAGCUGAUGAGCGAUGCACUGGAGGGGCGCCUGGCGGGAAAAGCUCCCAAAGUAACGCCUGUGUGGACCAACGACGAAGACGGCGUGUUUGUCUCGUCUCCGCCCGCCGACAGGGAUUGCUCUGUGGCAGACAGGAGCAGCGUGUCAGAGCUGGACAGCAUGGUGGGCGGAGACAACGGCGAAGCUGACGGGAGCAUCACAUACAUCGACGCCAGCGGAGAGGAGUGUUCAAUGCCGUCGGAGCUUUCAUACAAAAUGAGCGACCAGGACACAAGGAGGAUGAUCAAACUCAGAGCCUCCAACGAGUCGCUGUUCACCGGGAGGAGGAACGCCGCCAAAGCAGCCUGGAAAGCCAUCCUGAGGGAGCUCGGCCUGCAGGGAAAAGUCUCCACCUACCAGAUGGCCAAGAAGUGGGACAACCUGAAGAGGAGAUACAAGGACCUUAAAUACCCCCCUGUUGGGAUGGAGAGUGUGGUGGACGGCGCCUCCUCCUGGCCGUGGUUUCACUUAAUGAAUGAAGCUAUGGAGGGCCGGCUGACGAACAGCGCCCCCCUCCUCACCCCCGUCACUCAGGACGAUGAGCAGGCCCCUGACCCCACCCCCAGACAGAGGCCCCGCCCUACCCCUCCUCUGCCUCCCUCUUCCUCCUCAGAUUUUGAACAGGAUGCGUUCGGGGGCAAUGUGCAGGCCAACCAGCAGAGCGCGGACCCGUGCGACGGGCCGCUGGGGGGGCUGGGCCGGGAGUGGGAGAUGGUGGAGCGGGAGCGUGCGGCGCUGGAGAGGGAGAGAGAGAUGGUGGAGCGAGAGAGAGCCACAGUGGAGAGAGAGAGGGCGGUGGUGCAGGCGGAGCGGCUGUGGCUGGAUCGGGAGCGGGCGGCGGUGGAGCGCGACCGCGCCAUGGUGGAGCAGGAGCGGCUAGCGCUCGGCCGGGAGAGGGACGUUCUGGACCAGAGGGCGCUGAUGAUGAACUCAGUGGGACACUCGGGUCACCUCAGCACCCUCAUGUAAAGCUGAGUCUCAUGGGGGCGUGCCCCGCCCCGAUCUGGAUAUCCUCUUCUCUCCUGCUCUUCUGCAGUACCUCAAUGUCCCCACUAGGGGAAAGAUGAGCACGUUGGGAAACUAGUCAUGGACGAAAACACGUUUCAGUGAUUGAACUGUGAUGAGGUUUCUGUGAAGGUAAAAUUCCAGGUCCCACCUUCACUCGCCAGAGGCAGAAUGACUGGAUUCAGUUCUGAAGCACAGAUGGAACAUGCCAACCUGACGGGCAGCGUUUGAGGAGCCUGGGGUUGAAACGGUUUCUGCAUUGGGUCCGUCAGACCCAAUGACUCGAGCUCAGUGGAGUUGGUGCUCUCAGGAAGAAGGAAGGAUUUCAGACUCUGAGGAACCGCUACAAUAUUUGGCUCCACCGUGUGGAGACAGGAAGUGGUUUUACUACAGACUCGAUGAGACUGAUGACGUUCUUCAGCAUUUUCUCUCAUCACUUCAUGUUGGAUCGUUGACGGAUAAUGUGAUGUAAAGAAAUAAUUGGUAAUGACAUAGAUAAUAUAUAGUUUAGGCCAUUUUAUAUAAAAAUCUAAACAUGUAUAAAAAUCUGAUCAUGGUUUCACAUUAAAUGUGUUUUUGUGGAGAUCUUUUUCUUAAA